AUGUCUACCGUCGACAUAAAGAAAAGGUGCCCUGAAGGAAGAAGUCCGGGUACAUGUCAGGAUGAUCGAUUUAUACAGGCAGAAAAAGGAAAUCUUCCAGAUAACGCCAAAGGCUACGAAUACGUCACUCACGAUUUAUCCAAUAUUACAUGGACAGGAGAACUAACAUAUGAUGGCCACCCUCUUGUAAUAGAAGGUGAUAGAGGAACUACUACGUUUUCCAAAAAGUAUCCUAAUCUCAAGGAAGUGACUACAUACUACUAUAGAGAAGGUGAGAAAUAUGAAGAAAAGAUACAGAUACCCCUUGUCCUCAGAAUUCAUAGUGUAGGAAGACCAUAUUACUUGUACCUUAACAAGGGUGGAGACCAUACAAAAUGGAAAAGUGUACCUUUGAAAGAUUUAAAGGAAAUUCCUGCACAUGGUAAUACCACCGAAUACCUUAAUGAGAAGUUAAAGCGUCAGACGUGUACUCUUCACAGACUCCAUAAAAUUGAUAUACGUAAUGAUGGAACUAACAAGACUAACCCGUACACAUGUCCUGUUUGUAAAAAGGCCAAGUUAUUUUUAAAGGUGGAUACGCCAGGACAGCCUAUCGACUAUUACAAAAAGUGUUGUCAUGCUCCACAAGAUACUAAAGGUAAAAUCAAAUACCCACUUACUUAUGGAAAUGAUCUUAUUAAAUACCGAGAACGUGAUGACAAAUCAAAAUCACUAUCUGUUAAAAAGGGUGAUGAUAUUUCCGUUUACUACUGGGAAGGAGAUGAUAAGCAUGAAAAUCCUCUCUUGAUACAAGUUAAACGCGCUGGCGGAGGUGAUUCGGAGUGGUAUGAGAAUGAUCUGCAAUAUAAGGAUAAAAAUUACAAGUGGAAGAAGUUGGGAGAACAAGAAACUAGCGGUUUCUCUGGAAUGUCCGGAAAUUUUAAGAAAAAACUGGAUGACCUCAAUUGUAAACUCAAUAGAUCUGUGAGGAUCAACUUAGGAUUGGACUCGGGCUGUCAUGAUUCCAAUGAUCAUAGACACAAGGACAGAAUAAAGGCUUUUCAUAAUGGUGCAUUUAACAAAUCUCCUUUGAUUUCUGCAUAUGAAUAUACAAGUAAAGAAUCGGGUGAGAAACUAUUUUCUGUAGCGGAACUAUUUAUUGUAGGCUAUAGACAAAAGGUACAAUCCACUAACCUAUUCUUAAAGGAUGUUACAAAGGUUAUUUCAUAUGCUUCGUUUUGUGAUCCUACAAAUCCAUUCCUUAUACGUGUGGAAUUCAAUAAUAGUAAUGAGAAUAAGUGGUACGAAAGAAAAACUAAUAAUACCUGGGAGAGGAAAGAUAAUGACUUGUCUAGCCAAAUCGGGGAAAUUUUCGCCAAUGUUAAGGCAAAACUAAGUAUAAAAGAAUGUCCUACUUCUGCCCCUCCUCCAAAAGAGGGUGUCAAGAUAAAUAUAACAGAACAACCAAAGGGUGGUACACUUAAUGGUACCUACAAUACUAUCUUUGGUGCUCAUACCGAUUAUGUCGUCAUUAAUAAGGGUUUUGCCGAUUUAAAUAAGGGUUUCUUUAGGGUCACUCACCAAACUGCUACAGAGAAAUCCUUUCUACUAAGUAGAGAGCUAGAUAAUGGAGAGGAAAUAAAAACUGGUACAGGAAUGGGAAGGCCAUUAGACGUCCAGUAUGUAGAGGUAUACUUUUGGCAGGGGGUCCCUAACUUGCCAAUUCUACUUGGGAUUAGUCAGGGUGGACAUCUUAAGUACUAUAGCAAAGGUUUUUCGUGGAUAAAUGCUGGUAACUCUAAUAAUACACUUGAAUAUCUUCUCGAUGAGAAGAAUUGUCAAAGGAACAACGCUAUUCCAAUUAACCUCCGAAACCCUGAAGACCCUUCUCAGCUUUAUACUGAUUGUCAAGUACCGACAUCUAUAAAGGAGACAAAAAAAAUAUCUAUUUAUUCACAUUACUUAGUUUCUAAAAGUGACUACACUGUUAAGGAAUACAAAGUUGGUGGAGGUGGUGCAAGAAUAUCCAGAGUUACAUUUGAUAAAGAUACGAAUAUAGAUCCUCUUCCUACUCCUGUUACUAAGAUUAAGCUAUAUUACUGGCAACAUGGAAGGACUCUUCCACUUCUUGUUGAGUUCAUUAGUGAUUCUAGCCAGCGUGCAUUCUUUGAGAACAGUGAUGAGAAGAGUCUUACUUGGGCACCUGUUGGAGGGGAUGAAGCCAAGAAGUUUUACAAAAAUGGUCCUCCACGAAAUGAUUAUACUGAUGAAAUUACUAAGAAGCUCGAUGAAGUUAGCUGCAGGGUCCACCAUACAGUUAAUAUAGACGUAUUUAAGAAGAGGGAUAGAAAGUCGUAUUGUCAUGAUAGAUGUAUACCGAAUAGGAUAAAGGUUAACGCUAAGUAUAACACCCCUGGAUACACUGCUUACCAACAUACUUCUAAUAUUUACGGGGAGACUUUUACAGUAACCGUUAUAACUAGUCAUGGUCAAGAACAAAAUACCAGUCUACCGUAUCCUCUCAGAGAUGUAAAACAAGUUACAAUAUAUUUUCCAGAAUGUAAUGUAGAUUAUCCAGUUGCUAUGCAUAUUGAAUCCGGUGGAGAAAAUUUAAAAGAGGGAAAGUGGCUUAAGAAUGAAACUGGAAAGGGGAACUGGGUUCAGUUUAAUCCAAGUGGCGAAAACAAUAUCGCUACAAUUCUAGGAAAACUCAAAGUAAAUAUACCAAACUGUGAAGAGACUGCCAUUCUGGAACACCAAUUAAAAUCAGAAAAAGCCGCUGAAAUUGGUGAACAAGCUGCUCUUGAAUCUGCUGAUCCUACUCCUGCUAUUAUAUCUACUGACGAAGAAGAGGAUGGAUAUGACGAUAUUACUACUUCCAUGGAGUAUGCUCAAUUUGCUGCUCAAGGAACUCCUGGUCCUGACUCUUCUCCAGCCCCUUCUAAUAAAGGCUCUAAUCCUCCUAUUAAGACUAUCUCUAUUAUCACAUCUUCUGUUCUUGGUGCUUCAGGAUCCAUAACAGGGUUUGCUUACUGGAUCUACCAGCGCUUUGCUGGAGACCCUUGGGUUAGACAGAUUUAG